GCCUAUAAAUUGCCGUGUGAGACGUCGGGGGCUUUACUUUUGGUCUUGCCGCCGUCACCGUAUGAUCGUGUUCGAGCUUCGUUGCGACUCCUUCCGUUUCUACAACUCCAGCAGCUUGGCAUUCAGUGCUUCUCCUUGCGUCGAGCUACUCCCCAGUGUGAUCCGCUUGGAAAACGCCUGUCUGCCUUCUGGAGUUCCGUGCGGUUCUGCCACGUUUCCGGUUCCUGUGUGCUGUACGACGUUCCGGUCCUCCUCGUGCGUGCGUGCAGUGCACUCAGAGUCGUUCCUGUUUUCGUCUGAGUUAAUCAUGAAAAGGACGUCGACUGGUGUUCCCGUGGCAGCCGGCCAGCCCUCGACAUCGGGAGUCUGCCAGCCCGCCUCCGGAGCCAUCCAGCCCUCAACAUCGGGGGCAGCACAGGUAUGUGCACCAACACCACCAGGGAAUGGGUGUGCUUUCUGUAGCAAAGUUUUUACCGCUAGCCACAGUGCUAGACGGCAUGAGAAAGUGUGUGCAGCUAAUCCUGGCCGCACUGUUAACAACCAGUGCCAUACUUGCGGCAUGACACUAAGCCGCAAAGAUAGUUUGACCCGCCAUAUGCGAACUUGUGCGGGCACCACCGAGCACAGCUCAGGCUCAAGGUGUAAAUUCUGUGGUCAAGUAUUUGAACAUAGUCGUCAUGCCAGACGCCACGAGCAGAGCCAGUGCCACUUCAAUCCCGAGCGCAUAACAUUUACAUGCACUACAUGCCAGGGCGAGUUUACUCGAAAAGAUACGCUGUUUGUGCACAACAAGACGUGCAAGGGCCUGGCUCCCAAGAGACGGUGCGUAGACGCGACCUCUGGCCUGCAACAGCCCGGCCCCAGCACUCAUCCGCAAUACGUGGCGAGUGUGCCCGACCAGGCUCGAGUAGACUUGGAGGCGCAAGCGCCUGACCAGGCCCAGGUAGACUUGGAGGCAGGCGGUACCGGGUUCGUUGAGGCGGAGACUGCGUUCCGUCGCAACCUGAAGACGUAUGUCGCAGAAAACAAUGGUACAACAAAAGAUAUUUAUACUUACAUGGCCCAAAUGAAGAAUAAUCUCAUGAAUCAGAUAACCAAUGAAGUCAAUGAAAAUGGUCCAGUAAAAUUCAAUAUCUGGCUCGAGUGCGACUAUGCAAAGCCUGCUCCCUUCGAUGAAGGUGUCGAAGAGAGCAUUCAAGACAAAAAAUAUUCCCAUAUAUGAGGUAAGCGAAAUCGAGGAAGCAAUUGAUGACAGUAUCCUGAAAAUAUGCAAGGAGGAGGAGGACUACAUCAGCAAGGGAUCCGGGUGGACCUUGUCUGUCGUGAAGCGAAUCCAGCUCCGCUUCAACAAGCUUGUCCCUCUUCGAGUCUCCUCAUAUAUUGACCUGCCUGUCGCCAUCAAGAACAGGAAAGCAUGCAUAAACCCCAUGAACCUGGAAGACAACGAGUGCUUCAAGUGGGCCAUACUGGCGCGAUAUGUGGAGGGGGAACAUGCCAACCGAGUUGACAAGCGCUACCACGACCUGGAGAAAAAUUUUGAUUUUUCAGGACUCGAGUAUUUGAGCGAAACAACAAAGAAGUGUCUGUCAAUGUCUACAGCAUUGACGAAGACAACAAGAUCGUGCCGGUGCGUGUGGGGAAGGAGGAAAAACGUAAUCAUUUCGGCCUCCUGCUGCUGUCUAACGAAGAAAACAACUCUCAUUUCUGCUUUAUAAAAAAUUUCUAAAGACUCGUCCGGCCUCAGAUCACAGCCCACAAAGAGAAAAUACAUGUCUGCAAGAGGUGCUUCACGUACUACGAUGAGAGGCCUCAUGUUUCGGGACUGUCAGGGCAGCAGUGUCUCGACGCGCACAAAACGUUCUGCAAAACCCAUGCUCCCGUGCGCGUCGAGAUGCCUAAAGCUGACAAGAACGGCCAGCCCCCAGUCCUGGAAUUCAAAAACUAUCACCACAUGUCCAAGAUGCCCAUUGUUGCAUACGCAGACUUUGAGGCCAUGCUCGUGCCCAUCUCAUCAUGCUAGCCAGACCCCCAGCAAUCGAGCACUCAUGCGUACCAAAAACAUGAAGCAUACAGCUAUUGUAUCUAUGUCAAGGUCGACAAUAGCGUGAUCCCAGCCACGCUCACUUCCUCGCUGCCGCAAGAACCAAUUCUAUAUAGGGGCCCCGAUGCUGAGAAGAAAUUCGUGGAGACGAUUGUUAUAAUCGGAAACCAAGUAAAAAACAUUUAUGAGACCAGCAUACCCAUGACGAUGCUGACGGCACAGGAGUAUGCCAGCUUCGUCGCAGCCCAUCAGUGCUGCUACUGCAAUGCGGUAUUUACCAUUGAUAAUUACAAGGUACGAGACCACGACCACUUCAGUGGGAAGUACCUUGGUGCCGCCUGCAACAGCUGCAAUCUCCUGCGCAGGCGGCCCAAGAAACUCGUGGUCACUUCCACAAUCUGGCCUAUGAUGAGAAGUUCAUCAUCAAGAAACUGGGCUACGACAAUAAAGAAAUAUUCAUCAUCCCCCACACGCAGGAAAAAAUGAUUACCUUCUCGAAAAGUCUGGGCAACAAAUUCUCCGUACAGUUUGUCGAUAGUUUCAGGUUCAUGGCUCACAGUUUGGCGUCCCUUGCCUCGUACCUGCCAGCCGACCAAUUCACGGACACCAUGAAAUUUUUUACUCGUGACGAAAUGGCCCUUGUCACGAGGAAGGGUGUGUUCCCGUAUGACUAUGUUUCCAGCUGAGAGAAACUGGACGAGCCGCAACUGCCACCACAAGAUUACUUUUAUAAUAUAUUGAAUGACUCGCACAUAACUAAUGAUGACUACGAACAUGCAAAGGCAGUGUGGGAAACAUUCGGCUGCGUGACCCUGGGCGACUACAGCAACGUCUAACUCAAGACGGACGUGCUGCUGUUGACUGACGUGUUUCAGAACUUUCGUCGGCUGUGCCUGCAGACGUACGGCCUUGACUGCAGCCAUUACGUCAGCGCACCAGGGUUCGCGUUCGACGCAAUGUUGAGGCAGACGGGGGUACGACUUGAGUUGAUGAGCGAUUACGACAUGUACAUGUUCGUCGAAGCUGGGAUCAGGGGUUGUGUCGCGCAAGUGAUAAAGAGACACUGCAAGGCGAACAACAUCUGCCUGCCCCAUACCUACGAUCCCAGCCAACCAUCAACUCAUGUUGCGUACCUGGACGCCAACAAUCUGUAUGGGUGGGCCAUGUCGUUGCCUCUUCCAGUUAGCGGCUUCAAGUGGGUGGGCGCUGAUAUCGACGUGAUGUCGAUACCUGACGAGGGGUAGACGGGCUACAUCCUUGAAGUCGAUGUGGAGUAUCCGUCUGCCCUCCACGAGGACCACAAAGAUCUACCGUUCCUGCCUGUCAGCCAGUGCCCACCCGGCUCGCGUCAGUCGAAAUUAAUCACAACACUGGAAUCCAAAGAAAAUUAUAUAAUUCAUUUUAGAAACCUGAAACAGGCCAUCAAGCACGGACUGAGACUCAAGAAAAUUCAUAGAGUCCUCGAAUUCAAGCAGCGUGCAUGGAUGGAGCCAUUUAUUACGAAAAAUACGUUGAAACGACAGGCAGCUACAAAUGAUUUUGAAAACGAGUUCUUUAAGCUUGCCAACAAUUCUUCUUUUGGAAAACUCUGUGAGAACAAAUUUCGUCGACAGUGUAUGGAACUUGUAUGUAGUGAAGGCAGGCUACGUAAAGUUGUGGCAAAGCCAGCGUUCCAGGACCGAACCAUCCUUGAUGAGUCUCUGACGCUGGUGAGACUACAGCAAGAAACAAUCUUUCUUGACCGCCCAAUAUAUGCGGGGUUCACGGUCCUGGACUUGUCCAAGACGUUAAUGUAUGGGUUCCAUUAUGACGUAAUGAAAGAAAAAUAUAAGGAUGACAUCACGCUGGCGUACAUGGACACGGACAGCUUCAUAUACGAGAUCAAGACGCGUGACUUCUACCAGGACCUGGCCGACGACGCCGCGCUCCUGGACGAGUUCGACACCAGCAGCUAUCCCAUUGGUCACCCCUGCUACUCGCCCGCCAAUAAAAAGGUGGUGGGCAAGUUCAAAGACGAGUGCAGUGGAGUGGCAAUGGAGGAGUUCGUCGGCCUAAGGGCAAAGCUGUACACCUACAAAUACAAUAAUAAUAUAACAAAAA